AUGCUCCAGGAAUUGCAGCCUUCGACGCAACAAUCAAGGCUGCUUCGCCAGAGGAAAAAACCGCGAUACGACCUCGACUCUGAUUCCGAGGAUGAGGACAGACCAAAACGUCUCCCAAAGAGACACCAAAGGUCCCCCUCAAAUAAGAGGCAAAAACGAAGGGGAAAGCUGGCAACCUUUGUAAACCUCCCCCUCGACAUUCUACACGAGAUAUUCAGUCACUUGCACCCCUAUGAGCUCCUUAAGCUCGCAAGGACAACCAAAGAUUUUCGCCGCAUCCUUAUGCAUAAAUCCUCAAUUUCAACGUGGCGCGCCAGUUUUUCUGAGCUGCACAACCUCCCGCCAUGUCCACCUGGGAUGCCCGAGCCAGCUUGGGCCAAUCUCUGCUUCUCUCCCCACUGCCAUAUCUGUCUAACGCCAGGUGUCCGGAAUGUCGAAUGGCGUUUUCGAAUAAGGAUGUGUGCCAAAUGCGCUCCAAACCACCUCAUUGAGACUUAUCCUCUGCCAUCACUGGAUGACCUUAACCGGUCUAUUCCGGGAGGAUUCGACAUUGAGAUUCAAAACCUUCCAGAUAUCCGAUACCUCUUGCCCAACCGCGAAGGCAAGAGGUUCAAGCGAGUCUUCAUGCUGGAAGACUUGAUAAACUUUAGGGACAAGUUUAAGGCCCUGCAGACACCAGAGGAGCGGCUCGCCUUUAUCGAUGAGCAGCGGAAAGCGACAGAAGCGCUCAAUUUACAUGCUACCAAUUGCGCCGCUUGGUCCCAUAAUCAGGCCGACGAUCGUUCAGACGAACUGAGCAGGCUGAGGCAGGAGAGGAGACAGGCGAUCAUCAAGAAAUUGGAGCAACUUGGCUACAAGAAGGACCUCCAGAGCAUCAUGCCACCCGACAGUCUGGAGCGCCAACCAUUCGCCAGCAAACCACAGCGUCUCACGGAAAGAAUCUGGAAUAAUAUCAAGCCAGCCGCCAUCAAGUUUAUGGAUCAAAUGCGGGAGAAACGCUUGCAGCGCGAACUCGAGGAACUGGCAGUUGCAAGGAAGGCCAGUGCUUGCCAAUAUCUCCAGCAAGUCAAGAAUAGCCUCCUGCCCUGCUCCAAUUUACUGCCGGAACCGCCAGAUUUCUGUCUCUUACCGGGAGUCACCAAUAUUCUUAGGAAGCCACUCGAUGUCGACGUCGACGCGUCCACCUUUGCCGCCAACUUGUCGGAUAUUCAGGGCAUGUUCGCCACCUGGAGGAAAGACGUUGUCCUCCCCCGUCUUCGUCAGAUGAUGUUUGCCGAAGAGGUCCGCGCCAAUGUGAAAUGGGAGUCAGCUGAUCUUCCAAAGGGGCCAGCUGAACGCCCUGACUCCAAGACUCUAGCCCAAACGUUCACUCAAGAAGGGAAGCGCACCAUCUCAAUGGCGGGAUUGGAGCAAAAGAUGAAGUUGGCGAACACAGUCUACGCUUGCCGCCAUUGCCCUAUUGGCAGGAGCGAAUCCGUUGAAUAUCCCAGCUAUUUCGGCUUCCAGGAUCGACUACUCUUCUACCCUCACGUCCUAGGCCAUCCAUGUUUGACUCGAAACCGCGACGAGUACUACUUCCCCUACCUAGGACCCUCCGUCAAACACGAUGCCGCACUGUACCUGGAGAACUCCCCUGGGACCGUACGCACGCGGUGGUGCGUAGGCAAUCUGGCGGUGGACAAGAAAGCGUCGGAGAUAGCUGCUCUCGUGAUCCAACGUGUCGGGUUGGAUCCUGCGACCGCGACCACCGACGAUAUGGACCGGUUGGAUCCAUGGUUCCACUGCGCAGGGUGUAUGCCCCAUAUGAAGCGCGCCAAGGCCGCCGCUUCUUCCAGUGAUUCCGACGACGAUCCUGAUUUCACCUUCAUACCCCUCGUUGGUUACUAUAACUGGCGCCGUGCGAUCAAGCAUCAACUCGAUCUUCAUACUCCGCGACCGGACCCUCGCGAUCUCUUCACAGCGCCUAUUUCUCGCCGUCCAUCCCCUCCGCUCUCUGUUGGCAAUCUCAUCCCUGUAUCCCCUAACGAUUCGGUCAUGGAAAAGAUCAAGCACAAGGAGCACGCCAAUGAGAUGGAGCGUGCCGAGAUUUGGUGUUGUGCGCAUUGUAGGGAUCUGCCUCGGGAGACAGAGUUGUGCACUUGGCCGAGUAUGAAGGAACAUUUGGCGAAAUUGCACAAUCUGGAAGAUCCUGUCCUCGAUAGGGACUACUUCAAGCACUAUGCGGCUUGUGAUCUCAUGACGCAUUCGAAUUUCACUGUCUUGAUCGAGCAAAACGUUCCAGGUUUCUUCUAA